AAGUUUCUGAGACAACUUAAAUUCGCAAACACGCAAACAAGGCUAUGACGUUUGCCGAGUGCCCCAGACUGCCCACGUGAUCCGCUGAUAAUUCCAUCAGACGAAGGCUGGAGUUCGUGUCGACACCAUGUAUCGAGUAUGCUUGAUCCUGCUCGCGUUUGCAACAGGAUGUGCAAUUGCCGGGUUCCCAAGUGUGUUACCCACGAAGGGCGAAGUGUGGCCACGCCCCCAGAUGAGUGUGACCUCGAACACUUACAUGGUCAUACGACCGCAGACUUUCAGGUUUACUACAGUUGGUCAUGACUGUGACAUCUUGAAGGCUGCUCUGAAAAGAUAUAUCGGCAUCAUGUUUGCGUCUUAUUCAUCUGCUGAGCUCCGACCGCAGCCCUGGAGGAAAGACGGCUUGUUUCGCGGAUAUUUGGACAAUGUUAAGGUCAAUCUUAUUGCGCAGUGUGAAGAACUCCCCCACAGGAACAUGGAUGAACACUACGAGAUAAAGAUCGACAGCCCCGACGCCCCAUACGAAGGCACUAUCGUCUCGCAGAGUGUGUGGGGGAUCCUGCGAGGCCUCGAGUCCUUCUCACAGCUUCUCCUUCCGAGUGGAUCCGCCUACGUCCUCAACUCUACACAGAUCAUGGACUUCCCGAGAUUUUCCUUCAGAGGUCUGAUGCUGGACACGGCGCGCCACUUCCUGCCCGUAAGUAAGCUCAAGGAAAACCUUGACCUGAUGGCGAUGAACAAACUCAAUGUGUUCCACUGGCACCUCGUUGAUGACCAGAGCUUCCCCUACGAGAGCGCCGCCUUCCCUAAUCUCAGCAAGCUCGGGUCGUACAGCAGCAGCCACGAGUACAGUGCAGCGGAUGUGGCGGACGUAGUGGAGUACGCCAGGUUAAGGGGCAUCCGUGUCCUGCCCGAAUUCGACACUCCUGGUCACACGAAAUCCUGGGGACCUGGACAACCGGGGUUGCUCACGAAAUGUUACACGAACUCUACACCCGACGGCACUUUCGGCCCGAUCGACCCCACGAACGACGCCAACUAUAAAUUCUUGCAGAGCUUCUUCACCGAGGUCACGCACCGCUUCCCGGACCACUACGUUCACCUGGGCGGCGACGAAGUCAGCUUUUCCUGCUGGGAGAGCAACCCCGCCAUCAGUCAGUUCAUGGCCGAACACAACAUCACAGGCAACUACAGCAAGCUAGAGGAAAUUUACGUAACUAAACUUUUAGAUAUCGUGGCUAAUCUUCCUACAAAGAACGGGUAUCUAGUAUGGCAGGAAGUAUUUGACAACGGGGUAGAGGUGGCCAAGGAUACCGUUGUGCAUGUGUGGAAGAGUUCUCCGUUGUGGAAGCAGGAAAUUGAUGAGGUGACCAGCGCUGGCUACCAGACGGUGCUCUCGUCGUGCUGGUACCUGAACUACAUCAGCUACGGCGUCGACUGGCACAAGUACUACGAGUGCGACCCCCAGGCAUUCAACGGCACGGCGGCGCAGCAGCAGCUGGUGCUUGGCGGCGAGGCGUGCAUGUGGGGCGAAUACGUGGACCGCACCAACGUGAUCUCCCGCACGUGGCCGCGGGCCGCAGUCGUAGCGGAAAAAUUGUGGAGCGCCGCCGCACACACCGCGGACGCCGCCGCAGCCACGCCCCGCCUGGAGGAGCACCGCUGCCGGCUCCUCGGUCGUGGCUACGACGUCGAGCCGCUCUGGCCGUCCUUCUGCCCCUCCGACCUCUAGACGACGUCUGCGGAUCGCGAAGGACCUUCUCCUUCAUCCUGCUUAAAGUCUCGGGGUUUUGUGUAUAUACAAAAAUAAAGUAAAAAAAUAAACCAUCUGAUCAUA